GUAGAGAUAGGUCUGCCGUCGGCAUGUGGCGUGGAAUUGCUUUUGUAUUUUGGUUUUUUCCAUCUCGUGAUGUGGGAGAUAGAGAUAGGUGUCAUUGAUGCAUUCCUCGUUCUUUUUCUUUUUGAUAUCUCCUCCAGCGAAAGGUCGUAGGUGUCGUGAAGAUGCGGAUAAGAGGUACAACAACAGGUCAAAACUGUACCGCGACAAACUGUGGGCUGUCGACUGGGUCGGAGUGCCCGGCGAGCCCGGGUGCGGUGCUGUUGUAUUCUUGACGGAGGUCGAAGGGACGACCUGGUAUUGUUGUGGCGGCAUCAUCAGGUCUGAAGUUGACAAGGCCACGGCGGACAAGGGUAAGGUCGACGACCGAGAUUUGAGGAAAUUCUUCCUCACUCCGGUGUACGAUGAGCAGGGUACGAACUGGGUCAAGACUGACCACAAGGUCAGCCUUGACAUUGCUCUGUUCAAGGGGUAUGGUCAGAAGGCAUUCGGUAUGAAAGCCUUCAGCAGCAAGCGGGACGGGAAUGCUUCGAGGACGCUCUUAUCCAUUGAAUUCCUCACCAAGACCAAUGGGUAUAGGAGAAGUGGUCAAUACCCGACGGUCUCCGCUGGUUACCAGCUCUCGUUGCCUCUUGUGCCGUUCGACKCUCCAGGAGAAAGUCUCGCAGGCUUGUCAGCKUGCUCUAGCGAUCGGCGGCAGGAUGUCUCGACUCCGCAACAAUCGGUGUCCGCGAAGGAGAAACUCGUUACUUACCAGAGGCGUCCGAGCGGUGGGUCAUCGGGAAACGUUCCGAAGAAGAAGGUGCUCGACAAACCACCUUCCAGUCUUCCGGGAAGCUCGCGUGCCGGUAGAAGCUCGCGCUCGCAGGACACCUCCCAACGUCGAAUGGACGAGGAGUCAAGCGAGAAGACGGAGGACGAUGAACGGAUUCGCCGAUUGCAAUCCCAGUCACUAGCCACGCGAAGGUUCACCCAGGGCGAAGGCUCUUGCGAUGUGAAUGUAGAGCGGGAGGAUAGUAGAGGCGACGAAGCCCGGGCGAGGGGCGAUGGAGAAGACGAUGAGAAUGAAGGAGAAUGUGGUGGUGGGCAGGACCACAUGGAUUGCGAAAAGGCAGCGGCAAGCGGCGGGGUGCUCGGUGGUAAUGUGGGUGGUUCGGAGAUGGAAGAUGAGGAAAUGGAAGACGAGGAAAUGAAAGACGAAGGACAGGAUGUCGAUGUUUCCGCGGAGCUUACUUUGAAGGGGAGGGGAAAACGCACAGCGGAAUCGUCGCCGAAGCGAGCCGCGCCUAAGAAGCAGGCUCGAAGAAAAGCUGUGCAGGACGCUCGGCUCGCCUUGGAUGCAGCUGCUGGUACGCCUGGUGAAGCCGGUGUGGAAUCCAAAUCCAAAGCUCGGGUUCGCAAAACGUCGCAACCCAGGAAGCCUGUGCGGCCGUCGAGGCACCCGAAAUCGGAUGACUCGAGCGACGAUGCUGAAGGGAUCAUCUACUAAUGCCUCUAUCUACAUAUAUGCGUGAUUGCCAUCUAGCAAUAUUUACAUUAUUGCAGUGAGAUCU